GAGGUUGCUUUUCCCACGUUCCGCGUGAAGUCCUAAAGCACAGGAAGUGAGGAAUCAUAGACAGCCUGCCGGGAGUGGUAGUUUAUACUCGAGAGCUUUCUUUCUGUUUUCAGUGGAAAAGACUGCAACUCCCGGCUUCCUGCACACUGUACAUGUUCGCUGAUGCAUUGAACAGCCACAGACAGAGUUCUUUUGUUAGCAUUUUCACAUUCUGACUGCACAUCAACUGGAAGCAAUAUGACCGACGAGCAGGAGAUCAUGUGCAAAUUGGAAAGCAUUAAGGAAAUAAGAGCUAAGACGGUGCAAAUGGAAAAAAUUAAAACACGAUUAAAGGCAGAAUUUGAUGCCCUUGAGUCUGAAGAAAGGCACCUGAAAGAUUAUAAACACGAAAUGGAUCUUUUGCUCCAAGAGAAGAUGGCUCAUGUUGAAGAACUGCGACUGAUUCAUGCUGAUAUCAAUGUGAUGGAAAACACAAUAAAACAAUCUGAAAAUGAUUUAAAUAAGUUGCUUGAAUCUACAAGACGUUUGCAUGAAGAAUACAAGCCUCUUAAAGAACAUGUGGAUGCUUUAAGAAUGACUUUGGGUUUGCAAAGGUUACCAGAGUUAUGCGAGGAAGAAGAAAAGCUUUCUCUGGAUUACUUUGAGAAGCAGAAAGCAGAAUGGCAGACAGAACCUCAGGAACCACCUAUCCCAGAGUCACUUGCAGCAGCCGCUGCUGCUGCCCAGCAACUUCAGGUGGCCAGGAAACAGGAUGCUCGGCAAACGGCCACGUUCCGACAGCAACCACCUCCUAUGAAGGCUUGCUUGUCUUGUCAUCAACAAAUCCAUCGGAAUGCACCUAUCUGCCCUCUUUGUAAAGCAAAAAGCAGGUCUCGUAAUCCUAAAAAACCCAAGAGAAAGCAAGAUGAAUAAUAACUCCAUUGAAUGUGCACAAAUCAACUAAGGUUUAAAUGUGGCAAUGUUACUCAAGCGUAAAAUGGUGUUAUGUAGUUGUUUUAUAUUUUUAUUUGUUGUAAGCACAAAACUGUACUUUGCUUUUAGAAAAAUAAAUCCUUUGUGUGCUAAUAGCAACUUAUCCAAAUAAUUGUAUUUCAGGUAGAAUAGAAUUUGUCAAAUUGUUUAAAUAUGAAUGCUAACCAAUAUUUAAUGAACAGAAGGGAAAUUACUAAAAAUAGUGUAUGGAAUACUACUUGGAUUGAAAUGUUGACAUGGAUGUAUUGAGAUUGUAAAUGCCCAUUGAGCCAUACCAUGGUUGUAUAAUGUGCUGAACAGAAAGUCUUUACAAAAUUAAUCAAACUUAAAAGCUGUGCAUUAGUUACCACUUUAGAAGAGAAAGCAUUUGUUGCUUGGAGUAUAGCCUAGAAAUUAUACAGUGCCAUAUUAACAAAUUACUGCAUAACACUAUCGUAUGAAACUAAAUUGUUGAUGAUGGCUCAGUGAUAGAGCGUAUACUUCUAAGCCAGAGUUUGGGAGUCAAACCCCACUCCAGAGAUGAGCACAUUAUCUAGAGUGUUGGUGCUGUUGUCUUUUAAGUUAAGAAUUUAUGCUAAGGCUCUCUUCAGGUAGAUGGAAAUAAUUUAAUGACAUUGAUGGACAGGCAUCUCAACCAAUAUUUAUUCCUGAAUCAAUAUCAUGAAAAGUGGUAAUUAUCUGAUUGCUGCCUGUGGAACCUUGUUGUCUGCAAAUUGCAUUGCAUUUCAUACAUUGCAAUGGUGACUACACUUCAAAGAUAUUUCACUUUCUGUAAAGCACUGUGGGACAUCCUGAAGAUGUGAAAGGUGCUAUAUUUGGUGUCUAGAUUAUUUUAAUAUUUUACCAAAUUGGAUACUAGCCAGGAGAAAUUCAUAUAAGUACAUUACUUGAUUUUUUUAUAGUGUUGUGCACAGCAUAAUUUCAAGGCUGGUUAGAGUAGAAAAAAAAGAUUAACUGUUCAAAUAGUCCAACUAAGUGUGAGAAAUUAUUCCAAAGUUUCUAUGUGCCUUUUAUUAAUUUGCAGAGAAACACUGUUUAUCCACAUUUUAAGGUGUUUGUCCAAAUUCCGUUCUACAUCCUUACUUGUACAUAAUAUUCUGUGGUGUAAAAUAGCCUGGGUUCUUUUUCAUGAAAUGAAACAAGAUGAUUCAGUUAUAGUUAAAUAAUCAGGUUGUUGUUCUUAAAGUUGAUAGGUGUGCCUUCUCCACAUUUCUGUUUUAGAAUCUAUUUCCACAAGAUAGACACAAAUAGGAAUACAUUUGCUAAUUCUAGCUGAUUUAUCCAAAAAAAAUCUACAUUGCAUAUUCAAAUUUACUAAAAUUUUAAGAAUAUGUACCAUGUGGAUCUUACUCUAGUUCAUAGAACAUUCUCAAACCUCCACAAGCAAUAAAACAUCUGAGAUAGCAGCUGACAUAACACAGGCUAUUUCAUUUAGUACUCCAGGGUGAGUAGCAGUAGGAUUGGCAGAGCAAUCUGCCUUAACAACAUUAAUCCUAGCCAGAACAGUGGAUUUCCAUUGGUUCAAUUUUAGCAUCACGUCUUUCAAUCAACACUGACAACACAGCAUUAUCUUCAGUAGUGAAGAGGUGCAAAAUGACCCUUUUAAUACCUCAUCUAUAACCUGGAACUAUACAUAAUUGACCUACACAAUUUUCCAAAGGUUCUAUGCGAUCUUUAAUUGUUACUUGACUCCUUAUAUUACAAAAAAGUCCACUAUCACUACUACAUCCAUCCAUUGUUUCAUUUCCUAGCUUUUCUUCAGUUAAUCUGAAAGCGGAUUUUAUUCCUGGUUUCUCAGUAUUAUACACAUCCCUAUUAUCCUAAUAGAUAUUUUGUUCUUAUCUAGUAAAAUGCUUUCAACAUUAGCCAUUGAUGUAAUUUUACAGUGUGCCCUCCUUUUAAUCUGAGGGAACCAUAUGGCUUCCAUGUCCUCAUCUAUAGCUUUAAGAUACCUUGAUUUUCAUGUACUGCAGUAGUCUCUACCUGAUAAAGUGAGCCAGCAACCAUAUCGAGAUCUUUCUGCAUUUUCACUGAUUUUUACCUGUGUUUACAUAUGAUUUUAAGAAUGAAAUCCAUAAGAAACACCAUUAUGUGCUCACUGAAAAUUUUUACAUAAAGCAUUCUAUUCAUCCAUUUGGUACUUCCAUGGACAACUCAAAUUUGUCUAUCAAUUCUUUUGUUUAAAGAUCCAUGUCUUGUUAUCAUUUAAUCUGUGCUUAAAUACUCACUAAUUUAAUAAGAAAUUGUGAAUUUUAAGAGUUGUUCUAAAACUGGCAUUAGACUAAUUUUUAGUUAGAUUAAGCAUUUUCAUCUUUCCCUUCUUGAAGGGAAGUGAUACAUUGGCUAUCGUCCAGUUGUCUGGUACAAAUUACUUGCAUGGAUUCCUUAAUCUUAGGCCAAGCUACUGCUAUUUCCUCCCCAGUUUCCUUCAGUGGAUUGCAAGCCAUUCCAUCAAGAAGCUUGAUUUCAUAUAGCUCAGUGUACACCAAGCUGUGCAACUGUCAAUUGUCAGUACUGUCCCAAAAGAGAGCCCUUCGAUCACUCAUCCACAGUUUUGUGAAACCAGGUCCCACAGAGUACUGAACCAACCAACAUUACAGGCUGUAAGGCUAAUCAGCCAUUCCCAAUGCCCCUACUGCUUUCCUCACAGUGAUCUGUAUUAUAUCCAGUGUGCAAAUUUAUAAAUGAAUGCCUUGGAAUUCCUUUUACUACCAUAGUACUUAUGGAAGUGGAAUGUUUGAAAACAAAUAUAAAAUGCUAUCAUCUUUUUGUCUAGUCUUAGGGAAGGUCUAUAGAAUGAGAAAAGAAAUAAAUAAUAACAUUUAGGAUAAAAUGUCUUGUACAUGAGUGUUCAGUUUCUGCUUUAAAGAAGUGAGGGGUGAUAUGGUGUGUUUGAUCCUCAAAUCUGAUAGGACACUCAGGGAGUCUGUUGAUGUGAAGGCCUGACUGGACCUUAUUACUAAAAUCUCAAUUGGAUCUUAACCUGAAACCAGCCGGGUACCUGGUCAGUAGCUGAAGUGAUGAUUGUAGGUGGCAUUUAUAAGACAGAUAUCCAGGAAGCUUCUGUGACACUGCCACCAU